CCGCGUUGGGCUCAAGAGUCAGAGGAGGUGAGACUGGGGUUGGAAAGUAGGGAAAGUGGGGCAGUGGAGAGGGCGGAUGGUGUCGAGCACGCGCCUUUCAGGUUCAUGUCUUGACAACGCCAAGUUUAUCGCUUGCUUCCUUCUCGCGGAAGCGGCGCGUUGUCAGCGUGUGCCAGUGUUGAAGGGGAAAACCUCAGUCAAUGCCAAAUUUGGGAAGCGGAGUGGAGGAAAUGGCAUUUCAGCUGUUUUCGCACACCGAGCGUUGCACUGCUGCUGCCGGUGACGCCUGGGGGGAGCUUUAAUAAAGCGGGAUAUACCUGUCUCUAGCAGCUGAAGAUGCUGAAUUCAAGUGUUUUAUUCUCGUCAUGGCAAACGGAACCGGCAGCAUCAUGUUGAAAUGCGUGGUCGUCGGCGACGGCGCCGUUGGAAAAACUUGUCUGUUGAUGAGCUAUGCCAACGACGCCUUUCCAGAGGAAUAUGUGCCCACCGUCUUUGAUCAUUAUGCAGUGAGUGUGACUGUCGGGGGUAAACAGUACCUGCUGGGGCUCUAUGACACUGCGGGUCAGGAGGACUAUGAUCGCCUGCGACCCCUGUCCUAUCCUAUGACAGAUGUCUUCCUCAUUUGCUUCUCUGUGGUCAAUCCGGCCAGCUUCCAGAAUGUAAGAGAGGAAUGGGUCCCUGAGCUGCAGGAAUACGCACCAAACGUCCCUUACCUGCUUAUCGGCACUCAGAUUGACCUGCGGGAUGACCCCAAGACUAUCGCCAAGCUGAACGACGUGAAGGAGAAGCCCGUUGUGACCGAACAAGGCCAAAAGCUAGCAAAAGAGAUUGGUGCCUGCUGUUACGUUGAAUGCUCAGCACUAACACAGAAGGGCCUGAAGACUGUGUUCGAUGAGGCCAUUAUAGCCAUUCUGGCCCCUAAGAAAGGCGCACUGAAGCGAAGACUGGGCCCGCGCUGCAUUAACUGCUGCCUCAUCACAUGAACCACCAGCUCAGGUGACAAAAACAAGAACUGACUGUGACCAAACAGCAAACAACCAGAUCACACUCUGACUUCUGAAUGAACACGGUCACCUACAAAUGAAAUGCCAACAAUGGGGAGUACGGUCAUAAAGUUCUGGCCACAUGACAAGAUAAAAAAAACUUUCUUCAGGGAGAAAAGAUACUACAUAUUAAGAUAAAAAAAAUGAAAUGAUUUCUUGAACACACAAGCACAGAGAUGUCUGAGAAACCCUUUUGAAUGACUAAG